GCAAGGUACACAGCAGUUACCGGUUAUGGGUCUCGGGUAAACAGUCCCAAAUCCUCUCGCCUUGCUACCACCUCCACCGCGUACAACGCAGCUCUCAACGGGCGCGACGUGUCUUCAAAAUCCCCGCCCACCAUGGAUAUCUCCAAGCCUAUCUCGUUCUGUGAACACCUUCAGCUCUCCGCCAUUGGCGUGCAGCCCGCCUCCAUCUCUUUCCAGACCUUGACACUCGAAUCCGACCACUUCAUUUGUGUACGAGAGAAGGUUGGCGAGCAGAACCAGGUUGUUAUUGUUGACCUCGCAGAUGCCAACAAUGUCCUCCGGCGACCCAUCACCGCGGACAGUGCAAUCAUGCACCCGCACCAGAAGAUCCUUGCACUGAAGGCCGGUCGGACAUUGCAAAUUUUCAACCUUGAGACGAAGCAGAAGGUCAAAUCGCACGUCAACGCCGAGGACGUGGUGUUCUGGAAAUGGAUCUCAGACUCUUUGAUUGGCAUGGUCACCGACACGGCAGUAUACCAUUGGACGAUGUCGGACGCGACCUCUCCUCCGCAGAAGAUUUUCGACCGCCAUCCGUCUCUUGUGGGCGCGCAGAUCAUCAACUACCGCGCGUCCUCAGACGAGAAGUGGUUGGUGUUGGUCGGCAUCUCUGGGAACGCGACCAAUCCCUCCGCCUUCAAGGUGAAGGGCGCCAUUCAGUUGUAUAGCAGGGAGCGGGGAGUCAGCCAGCCGAUUGAGGGGCAUGCUGCGGCGUUCGCGGAGGUCAAGCUGGACGGGCACCAGAAGCCGACGAAGCUCUUCACGUUCUCCGUCCGGACGGCGACCGGCGCGAAGCUGCACAUUGUGGAGAUCGACCACCAGGCCCCCGACUCGCCGUUCACGAAGAAGGCGGUCGACGUGUACUUCCCGCCUGAGGCGACUAACGACUUCCCGGUGGCGAUGCAGGUCUCGAAGAAGCACGGCAUCGUCUACCUCGUCACGAAGUAUGGGUUCAUCCAUCUAUACGAUCUUGAGUCUGGGGCAUGCAUCUACAUGAACCGCAUCUCCGGGGAGACCAUCUUCGUCACUGCGGAGCACGAGGGGUCGAACGGUAUCAUCGGUGUAAACAAGAAGGGCCAGGUGCUGAGUGUCAGUGUCGACGAGCAGACAGUCAUUCCUUAUAUCCUCACAACGCUCGCGAACACGGAGCUCGCGUUCAAGCUCGCUAGUCGAGGGAAUCUGCCUGGCGCAGACGACUUGUACAUUAAGCAGUACCAGCAGCUCUUCCAGACCGGCCAGUUCAGCGAGGCGGCGAAGAUUGCUGCCAACUCUCCGAGGGGGAUCCUCCGCACGGCUCAAGUCAUUGAGUCGUUCAAGCAGGCGCCAGCACCACCUGGCGGUCUCUCGCCGAUUCUACAGUACUUUGGCAUCCUGCUCGAGAAGGGCGAGCUGAAUCACCUCGAGUCUGUGGAGCUUGCGCGCCCAGUACUUCAGCAGGGUCGGAAGCAGUUGCUCGAGAAGUGGCUGAAGGAGAACAAGCUCACCUGCAGCGAGGAGCUCGGUGACAUUGUCCGGCUCCACGACAUGACCUUGGCUCUCAGCGUGUACCUCAGGGCCAACGUCCCCAACAAGGUCGUUGCUUGCUUUGCCGAGACUGGCCAGACCGACAAGAUUGUGCUGUACGCGAAGAAGGUUGGGUAUACACCAGAUUUCAUCGGUCUGCUGCAGCAUAUCAUGCGGACGAACCCGGAGAAGGGCGCCGAGUUCGCCAUGCAGCUCGUCAACAACGAGGAGGGACCGAUGGUCGACAUCGAGCGGGUGGUAGACAUCUUCAUGUCCCAGAACAUGAUCCAGCCCGCCACGUCGUUCCUGUUGGACGCGCUCAAGGACAACAAGCCUGAGCAGGCUCACCUUCAGACGCGCCUGCUCGAGAUGAACCUCGUCCACGCGCCGCAGGUCGCUGAUGCGAUUCUCGGAAACGAGAUGUUCACGCACUACGACCGUCCUCGGGUUGCGAACCUCUGCGAGAAAGCCGGAUUGCUGCAGAGGGCACUCGAGCACUACGAGGACCUGGCGGACAUCAAACGAGUGAUUGUCCAUGCGGCUGCGUUCCCACCAGAUUGGAUCGUCAACUACUUCAGCCGUUUGACCACAGAGCAGUCCAUGGCUUGCUUGGAGGAGAUGCUGCGCGUGAAUAUCCGUCAGAACCUGCAGAUCGCCAUCCAGGUUGCAACCAAGUACUCCGACAUUCUGGGCCCUGUCAAACUCAUAGAGAUGUUUGAGCACUUCAAGAGCUUCGAAGGUCUCUACUACUACCUCGGUUCGAUCGUCAACCUCAGCCAAGACCCCGAGGUACACUUCAAGUACAUCCAGGCUGCUACACGUACAGGCCAGAUCCGCGAGGUCGAGCGCAUAUGUCGUGAGAGCAACUUCUACAAUCCGGAGAAAGUCAAGAACUUCCUCAAAGAGGCUAAACUCGCCGACCAGCUCCCGCUCAUCAUCGUCUGCGACCGCUUCGACUUCGUUCACGAUUUGGUCCUCUACCUCUACCAGAACGGUUUGACCAACUUCAUCGAGGUCUACGUCCAGCGGGUCAACUCCGUCAGGACGCCACAGGUCAUCGGUGGUUUGUUAGACGUAGACUGUGACGAGACUACUAUCAAGUCGCUUCUGGCGUCCGUCCCGGGCAACUUCCCCAUCGACGAGCUUGUCCAUGAAGUAGAGGUCAGGAAUCGGCUCAAGCUUAUCCUCCCCUGGCUCGAGGCGCGUGUGCAGCAAGGCAGUCAGGAUCCCGCAGUGUUCAACGCCGUCGCCAAGAUCUACAUCGACUCGAACAGCAACCCCGAGGCGUUCCUCAAGGAGAACAACUUGUACGAGCCUCUGGUUGUAGGCAAGUUCUGCGAGAAGCGGGAUCCGUACUUGGCGUACAUUGCGUACGCCAAGGGCUUCUGUGACGAUGAGCUCAUCGCGAUCACGAACGAGAACUCGAUGUUCAAGCAGCAGGCCCGGUACCUCGUCAGGCGUCGCCAGCCUGAGCUUUGGGCGCAAGUGCUUGUCCCCGACAACAUCCACCGUCGCCAGCUCAUUGAUCAGAUCAUCGCGACUGCUCUGCCCGAGUCUACAGAUCCGGAUGACGUGUCCGUGACCGUCAAAGCGUUCUUGUCGGCCGACCUCCCCAUCGAGCUGAUCGAGCUGCUCGAGAAGCUCAUCUUGGAGCCAUCGCCGUUCAGCGACAACAAGAACCUGCAGAACCUCAUGAUGCUCACUGCCAUCCGCGCGGACAAGGGCAAGGUUGUCGGGUAUAUCGACAAGCUGAAGAACUACGACGUUGCGGAGAUUGCCAAGAUCGCUACCGACCAUGGUCUAUACGAGGAGGCGUUCCUCAUCUACAAGAAGUACGAGCAGCAUGCCAUGGCGAUCAACGUUCUGGUCGAGCACAUUGUAUCCUUGGAUCGUGGUGUGGAGUAUGCUAUCAAGGUCAACAGGCCCGAGGUCUGGAGCAGGCUGGCGAAGGCGCAACUUGAUGGCUUGCGUAUCAAGGACGCCAUUGACUCGUACAUCAAGGCUGAGGACCCUGGUAACUACGUCGAAGUCAUCGAAAUUGCCAGCCGCGCAGGCAAGCAUGACGACCUCGUGCGCUUCCUCCAGAUGGCUCGUAAGACGCUUCGUGAGCCGAAGAUCGACACGGAGCUUGCGUAUGCGUACGCGAAGACUGAUCGUCUACACGACAUGGAGGACUUCUUGGCGAUGACGAACGUGGCAGACAUCCUCGAGGUCGGAGAGAAGUGUUUCGACGACGAGCUCUACCAAGCUGCGAAGUUGCUCUUCCACAGUAUCUCCAACUGGGCCCGACUUGCGACUACCCUCAUCUACCUGGGCGAGAACCAAGCGGCCGUCGAGAGCGCACGAAAAGCCGGUAACACUCAGGUCUGGAAACAGGUCCACCAGGCAUGUCUCGAGAAGGGCGAGUUCCGCUUGGCUCAGAUUUGCGCUCUCAACAUUGUCGUCCACGCGGAGGAGCUACCGGCGCUUGUGCAGCUGUACGAGCGUCGCGGUCACUUCGAUGAGAUCUUGUCGUUGUUGGAGGCGGCCCUCAGCUUGGAGAGGGCGCAUAUGGGAAUUUUCACGGAGCUUGCUAUCCUCUACGGCAAGUAUAAGCCUGAGAAGCUCAUGGAGCACCUCAAACUCUUCGUCUCGCGCAUCAACAUUCCGAAGGUCAUCAAGGCGACGGAGAGGGCGCACCUCUGGCCCGAGCUUGUCUUCUUGUACAUCAAGUACGACGAGUUCGACAAUGCGGCAUUGGCAAUGAUUGAGCGGUCUGCGGAUGCUUGGGAGCACAAUCAGUUCAAGGACGUCAUCGUUCGGGUCGCGAACAUCGAGAUCUACUACAAGUCUUUGACAUUCUACCUCCAAGAACAACCGACGCUGCUCACCGACUUGCUCACUGUGCUGAUCCCUCGUAUCGACCACUCUCGCGUUGUCCGGAUGUUCAGGCAGAUGGAUCACAUCCCACUCAUCCGCUCGUACCUUAUCGCAGUACAACAUCUCAACAUCGAGGCCGUCAACGACGCAUAUAACGACUUGCUGAUUGAGGAGGAGGAUUACAAGACAUUGCGCGACUCAAUCGACAGCUUCGACAACUUCAACAACGUCAAGCUGGCGCAGCGGCUAGAGAAGCAUGAAUUGUUGGAGUUCCGACGGCUGGCGGCACACUUGUACAAGAAAAACUCGCGGUGGGAGGAAUCAAUAGCGCUCUCCAAGCAAGACAAGCUGUACAAGGAUGCGAUCGUCACGGCAGCCACGUCAGCAUCAAUAGAAGUCGCCGAGGACCUGCUGUCGUACUUCGUUGACAUCGGCAACAAGGAGUGCUUUGCGGCAGUGCUCUACGCAUGCUUCGACUUGCUCCGCUCCGACGUCGUGGAGGAGACAUCAUGGCAGCAUGGCCUGAACGACUUCUACAUGCCAUAUAAGAUUCAGAUCUCGAGGACGAUGGUGGACAAGAUGACGGCGCUGGAGAAGAAGGUAGAGGAGUUGUCUAAGAAGGACACACAAAAGGAGCAACAAGAGGCGGACGCCCCGAUCAUCAACCCAGGUCUCAUUGGCAACAGAUUAAUGCUGACGGCAGGCAAUGGGUUCCCCAACGCUGGUCCUCCCAUGAUGCCAAACGGCACAUCAAUGGGCAUGCCACCCGCGAUGACCGGCUUCGCGAGCUUCUGAUCUGUACUCCCUUUAUCGUAUAUUUGGACAUAGUUAUGCGUAUCGCUGUUCUCAUGUUGGCUAAUGAAUUUCGUUUUCUCGCUCUCA